AUGAUUCGGGGGAAAUCCAGAUUUACGAAAUACAUUGUCGCUGCAUUCGCCAGUUAUAUUAUUCUCACACUUCUAUUCAGUGGCACUGGGGGAAAGUAUUGGAAACAGGACUGGGUGAGAAUCGCGCGGUCCACGCUGGAGGAUCGGGCGCUGGAGCAUAUUCAAAAUGAGACGCUUGGGUUUGAACACAUAUAUGCCAUUGGGCUGAAAGAACGAACAGAUAAGCGCGAUUUCCUUAACCUCGCUGCGUCAAUAGCCGGGUUUCGGGUCGAAUGGAUAGAUGGGGUACAUCCAGAGGACAUGAGCGAGAAGGCUCUGCUCAACGAUAACUUAUUAGCACCAUCCGAGAUAGGAUGCUGGCGCGCUCAUAUGAACGCUUUGAGCAAUAUGGUCCAAAACUCCUACUCGACUGCGCUUAUCCUUGAAGACGACGCAGACUGGGACGUUAACAUUAGGCAGCAACUCCGCGAAUUUGCCCGAGGCGUGCGCGCGUUAACCAGGAAUGCCAAUACGACCAAGAGCGCUCCCUACGGCACCAACUGGGACAUCCUCUGGGUGGGCGGAUGCGCUUCAUCUGCCGCUCCCAACGAGACCCAAUUCUAUGCCAUCCCGCAUGACCCAACUGCCCCCAGUGUCGAUCACCGUGGUACAUGGGGCGGCCCCCUCAACUCAUGGAAAGAGAUUUACCCUGAGACAUCGACUCGUUUCAUUUAUCGGGCCGAUAUGGGCUGCUGCACCUAUGGGUACGCGGUGACAAAGCGAGGUGCGGAGAGAAUCCUAGCUGCCUUAGCGGUCGACCGACUCGUGGCUGCAGUGGAUAACUCCAUGGCUGAUAUGUGUGGUGGUAAGGAUGGCCGUUCGCAGAUUGAGUGUUAUGCGCCGUUUCCCAACAUUAUCGGGACGUACAAGGCGGCCGGUCUUGCUUCGAAGGAUUCGGACAUCCGUGAAGGCAGCGACGAAUGGCACGAGGCACAGGCCUGGAAUCUCAUGUAUAGCACCCGAUUGAAUAUUCAUCGACUGGUGGCCGGUAGGGAUACCGUAUAUGCGCAGUAUGAUGAGGGUUUUCCUUGGUCGCGGCGCGUGUUGAAUUGGAAGGAGUUCGAGUACCCCAGGGGUUAUCUAAAACCCGAUCCCAAUUUCCGCGGAAUAUACAACCUAAGCAUAGGAAGUCUGGUCCCUGACGGAAACAGGAACCGGCCCCCCUCUUUCAAGGUUUACAGGAGCCGUAUGAACCCACAUUCCAGCGCCCGCAACCAUCCCUAUCUUACUUCCGUUUCCGGCCUCGAUUCAGGUUCCCCGCCCCCCUGGCGCACAUCACGAGUACGAGAAGUAACUAUAAAUAUACUAUCCUGGGUUAUCAUCAUGGUUGUUGCAGGAUCGAAUCUGCGGGAUGAUGAGUGCAAGGGUCUAUUGACUUCAGUGACUUGCAGUCCUGCAAGCCCACCACCACCACAAUCGGACGAUGUGAAGCUUGAGUUGGGAUACUAUUCGUACGAGGACGAAAAGAGACCUGAAGUGUUGUCUGAGGAGCCGGAAAAGCAGAUAGGGAGUGUUCGACUUCUUGUAUGGAUGACAAUCAAUAUUGUUGCGACUGUUGCCAUCGUAUUCACCAACAAAUCCAUCCUCUCCAAUGCAUCUUUCCGCAACUCGCAAGUAUCCUUCGCCGCCUAUCAUUUCACCAUCACCGGGCUCACACUAUGGCUGGCAUCGCGGCCAUGCUGCGGCUGGUUCGAACCCAAGCACGUAUCGCCCUACCGCAUCCUCCACCUCGUCGUGGCUAUGUGCAUCCAGGUCAUCUUUCAGAACCUGGCACUGGCUUAUUCGUCGGUGAUCUUUCACCAGCUGGCGCGGUUGCUCCUUACGCCUGCUACGGCGUUGUUGAAUUUUGCGCUGUUCCAGUCCAGCAUCCCCAGAGCGGCGUUCCUUCCCCUGGUCCUACUGUGCACGGGAGUUGGAAUUGUCUCCUACUUUGAUUCGCUCCCGUCCGCGAAAGGCAACGAUACCACGACACCAGAGGGUAUUUUCUUCGCUUUGUCUGGUGUGUGUGCUAGUGCACUGUACACGGUCCUGGUGGGCCGGUAUCAUAAGAAGCUGGAGAUGAGCAGUAUGCAGCUUCUACUUAAUCAGGCCCCUGUCAGUGCUGCUGUCCUGUUGUGUGUUGUUCCAUGGAUGGAGACGUUUCCGGAGGUUGCGGCUGUCCCUGGGUCGUUGUGGACUUCGAUACUUGCGAGUGGAAUAUUCGCUUGUCUGGUGAACCUAUCUCAGUUCUAUAUUAUUGAUGCUGCCGGGCCGGUUACGAGCACGGUGAUCGGACAGCUCAAGACCUGCGUCAUUGUAGGGUUGGGAUGGGUGCUGAGUGACCAUGAGAUUCUGCGGCAGAGUGUCGCGGGUAUUUUGAUGGCUUUGACGGGGAUGAGCUUGUGA